UUUUUUGUUUUCUUGUUGAGCUGAGACACAAGCGCGCCUUCGCCCCUUGUGCUCACUCUCAUCAAGCACCCAUCAAAGCCUGACCAGGGAGUCAGUUGGUGGAGGGAAGAAUGGACGUUCAAGGAAGGGUCACGGAAGGGAGCGCUGGACAAGCCUCGCGCCCACGAGAAGGUUUAAGGCUGGUGGACGGACAUGCGUGCCGAGUUCAGGAUCGCCAAGAAGAACAAAGAGAAGAGCGGGAACAACGCUGAACACUACUGGUCCUUCUGUAACCAGAAGCUGUACGUCCUGCUCAUGAUGGACUGGUACGAGCUGAGGGGAGGCGACAGCGCGAACGAGCACUGCGCAAGGUACUUGAGCGUGAAGCUCAACGAAGAGGAUGGGGAAGCUUUCAACACUUUGUCCAUGGAAGAUCAACAGUCGUCCAGCGAUUCGGAUGAACCGCUCGCGCCGAAGCGGAAGCCGCGAGAGCGGAAGGAUAGAGAGAAGGGGGGGGGGGGGGGNCACGCCGGGUUCUCACCGGACCAGGCUCUCACAUCAGCAAGCGCGAAGCGCCGUGAGGUAUUCGGCGAGUCGCAUGAAGGGUGCGCUGCAUCCUGCCAAGCGUAUUCGGCAUCUUGUGCUUACGGAUGA